ACUACGUGUUCCGGCGCGGAAGUGAGAUUUCCCAAUCCCCGGCGCUGAGCGGUGACGUCAGCUCCGGUUGCCGUGCGGAGUCGGAAGUGGGAACCUUUUGGCCCUAGAGACUGUCGUGUCGCUGCUGGCCCUCAGGCUCUGCCCCUCACCCUAGGUCUGGAUGGAGAAUACUUUAAAGUGAAAUGACAGACCAGGAGAAUAACAACAACAUCUCAAGUAACCCCUUUGCUGCUCUUUUUGGCUCCCUGGCUGAUGCCAAGCAGUUUGCAGCAAUCCAAAAAGAGCAGCUGAAGCAGCAAUCUGAUGAACUCCCAGGUAGCCCAGAUGACUCAGAUAAUAGCGUGUCAGAGAGCCUGGAUGAAUUUGAUUAUUCUGUGGCAGAGAUCAGCCGCUCAUUCCGGUCACAGCAAGAAAUAUGUGAGCAACUCAACAUCAAUCACAUGAUUCAAAGAAUCUUCCUCAUCACUCUGGACAACAGUGACCCAAGCUUGAAAAGUGGGAAUGGUAUCCCCAGCCGCUGUGUGUAUUUGGAAGAAAUGGCAGUAGAACUGGAAGAUCAAGACUGGCUUGAUAUGAGCAAUGUUGAGCAGGCCAUCUUUGCUCGCUUGCUACUUCAAGAUCCAGGCAACCAUUUGAUUAACAUGACUUCUUCUACAACGUUAAACCUAUCUGCUGAUCGAGAUGCAGGGGAGAAACAUAUAUUCUGUUACCUGUAUUCCUGCUUCCAAAGAGCCAAGGAGGAGAUCACCAAAGUCCCAGAGAAUUUGCUGCCAUUUGCAGUGCAGUGCAGGAACCUCACUGUGUCUAAUACCAGGACAAUUCUCCUUACCCCAGAGAUCUAUGUUGACCAAAACAUCCAUGAACAACUGGUAGAGUUGAUGUUGGAAGCCAUCCAAGGAGCCCAUUUUGAAGAUGUUACCGAGUUUCUGGAAGAGGUCAUUCAGGCCCUGAUAUCAGAUGAAGAAGUUCGAACGUUUCCAGAGGUCAUGAUUCCCGUAUUUGAUAUUUUAUUGGGUCGAAUAAAAGAUCUUGAGCUCUGCCAGAUCUUGUUAUAUGCAUAUCUGGAUAUUCUCCUCUAUUUCACCAGGCAAAAGGACUUGGCAAAGGUUUUUGUAGAAUACAUUCAGCCCAAGGAUCCUAGCAAUGGACAGAUGUACCAGAAAACCUUGCUAGGAGUAAUUCUGAAUAUUUCCUGCUUAUUAAAGACUCCAGGUGUGGUAGAAAAUCAUGGCUACUUCCUGAAUCCAUCUCGCUCCAGUCCACAGGAGAUCAAAGUCCAGGAGGCCAACAUCCAUCAGUUCAUGGCUCAGUUCCAUGAAAAGAUCUACCAGAUGCUGAAGAACUUACUCCAGCUCUCUCCAGAAACCAAACACUGUAUCUUGUCCUGGCUUGGAAACUGUUUGCAUGCAAAUGCAGGACGCACCAAGAUUUGGGCCAAUCAGAUGCCAGAGAUCUUCCUACAAAUGUAUGCCUCGGAUGCCUUUUUUUUGAAUUUGGGUGCUGCUCUCCUGAAGCUCUGCCAGCCAUUUUGCAAGCCCAAAUCUUCUCGGCUCCUCACCUUUAACCCCACUUACUGUGCCCUGAAGGAGUUGAAUGAUGAAGAACGAAAAAUUAAAAAUGUACACAUGAGAGGUUUGGACAAGGAAACCUGUUUGAUCCCAGCUGUGCAGGAGCCAGAGUUUCCCCAGAGCUACAACCUUGUGACAGAGAACCUUGCCCUGACAGAAUACACCUUGUACUUGGGAUUUCACAGGUUGCAUGAUCAGAUGGUAAAAAUCAACCAAAAUCUGCAUCGGCUACAGGUCGCCUGGCGGGAUGCUCAGCAAAGUUCUAGCCCUGCUGCUGACAGUCUUCGUGAGCAGUUUGAGCGACUGAUGACCAUCUAUCUUUCUACCAAGACAGCCAUGACUGAGCCGCAGAUGCUGCAAAAUUGCCUCAAUUUGCAGGUGUCCAUGGCUGUUCUGUUGGUUCAGCUGGCCAUAGGCAAUGAGAGCUCACAGCCCGUAGAACUAACUUUUCCUUUGCCAGAUGGCUACAACUCCUUGGCAUAUGUGCCAGAAUUCUUUGCAGAUAACCUUGGUGAUUUCCUCAUUUUUCUCCGUCGCUUCGCCGAUGACAUCUUGGAGACAUCAGCAGAUUCCCUGGAACAUGUCCUUCACUUUAUCACUAUUUUCACCGGAAGCAUAGAAAGAAUGAAGAAUCCCCACCUAAGGGCCAAGCUGGCUGAGGUGUUGGAAGCAGUGAUGCCCCACCUGGAUCAGGCCCCAAAUCCUCUGGUGUCCAGUGUGUUCCACCGGAAACGUGUGUUCUGCAACUUUGCACAUGCACCACAGCUUGCAGAAGCGCUAAUCAAGGUUUUUGUGGACAUUGAGUUCACAGGAGACCCUCAUCAAUUUGAACAGAAGUUUAAUUACCGCCGUCCCAUGUAUCCCAUCCUGAGAUACAUGUGGGACACAGACAACUACCGGGAGAGCAUUAAGGACUUGGCUGACUAUGCCUCCAAGAAUUUAGAAGCAAUGAACCCCCCACUUUUCCUUCGCUUUCUUAACCUGCUGAUGAAUGAUGCCAUCUUCCUUUUGGAUGAAGCCAUACAGUAUUUGAGCAAGAUAAAGAUUCAGCAGAUUGAAAAGGACCAGGGGGAAUGGGACAGUCUGAGUCCAGAAGCCCGCCGAGAGAAGGAGGCUGGCCUGCAAAUGUUUGGACAGCUGGCACGUUUCCACAACAUCAUGUCCAAUGAAACCAUCGGGACUCUGGCCUUCUUGACAUCAGAAAUCAAAUCCCUAUUUGUACAUCCUUUCCUGGCUGAGCGCAUCAUCUCCAUGCUGAACUACUUCCUGCAGCACCUGGUGGGCCCCAAGAUGGGUGCCUUGAAAGUCAAGGACUUCAGUGAAUUUGACUUUAAACCCCAGCAGCUCGUUUCAGAUAUCUGCACCAUCUACUUAAAUCUUGGGGAUGAGGAGAAUUUCUGUGCCACUGUGCCCAAGGAUGGACGCUCCUACUCCCCAACUCUCUUCGCACAGACAGUUCGAGUCCUGAAGAAAAUAAAUAAGCCUGGGAAUAUGAUUGUGGCUUUUAGCAACUUGGCAGAGAAAGUCAAGUCCCUGGCAGACCUGCAGCAGCAGGAGGAGGAGACCUAUGCAGAUGCCUGUGACGAGUUCCUGGAUCCCAUCAUGAGCACACUGAUGUCUGACCCUGUGGUGCUGCCGUCUUCCAGAGUCACCGUGGAUCGCUCCACCAUUGCCAGACAUUUGCUGAGUGACCAAACAGAUCCCUUUAACCGUAGUCCCCUCACCAUGGACCAGAUUCGGCCAAACACAGAACUAAAAGAAAAAAUCCAGCGGUGGCUCGCAGAGCGAAAGCAGCAACAAAAGGAGCAGCUUGAAUAGAUGCCGUGGACUAAACAAGCCAAAACCAACCCCGGAAUACAGAUAAACAAUUGUUUGUGGUUUCUCCUUCUGGUUCUGUUGCUUUCUUUUUCUCCUCCCUCCCCCCCUUUUUUUUCCUUCCCCUUUACUAAAUUAGAGAACCGCUGUUGCUCAAAUUAUGAUAAUUAAGAUUCCUAAGAACUUGACAAUGCUCCCCUAGCUUGCAGGAAAUUAUACUUCAUGUAACAUCACCAUGUUUAGACAUAAUCACUGAUUUUCACUCUUUGGUUCUCUCGUCCUUUUCUUCCUUUUCCCUUUUCCUACUUUAAAUUAUAUUAACUUUAAAUACUAAAGCUUUCUGCCACCUUGCUACUUUUCUUGCAAGCAUUGCUCAGAUAUUUCUGUCUAGUAGUAAGUUACAUAUUUUGGUCACAGCUAAUGUUUUCAGAAAACCAUGUUAAUCCUUUAUGUUCACUAGUUCUCAUAAUCUAAACAUAAGCCUUUUCCUUUCGCAUGAAAGCAGAUGCCUUGAUGUUUGUGUAGGCUUCUAAAAUAAUAGGUGAGGUUUUAAAGGAAAAAAAAGGCAAGAGGAAUCUUAUGUAACUUUUGUUGGUAACUCCAAAUUGUGUUAUCUUAUAACUCAAAGAUGGCAUCACAGAUGCUGUCCUCUGUGGUUUUCAUCACUGAAAAUUCAGCCCUAUAGUCUUUUUCAUUAAAAUUAAUAGUGCAAGCUUAGUUUUAGCACUUCAAUCAGAAAAAAUCUGGGGUGAAAAAAUAUAAAGGGGGCUAUGAAAUUUGUUGCUACAGAAACUAGGCCUGAGUAGAAGAGUUAAGCAACAAAUAUUGUAACCAUGAAAAAUGUCACUUUAAGGUACUAAUAUCAGCAUUGUAUGUCAGUGUGGGUAUAGUUAUGCACACUGCGUUUUUAUACUGCUCUAGUGUAAACCAAGUACCACUUUAUAUUCCCUCUUCCACAUAAGAUGUAGGCAGUAUACAGCCAUAUUUACUAACUCAUUAUAAAUUAAUAAAACUCCAAGGCUGUCAAAUGUAUAUAAUUAAUGUUUGCUUGGGCUUGUGACUUAACUCCUGAGAGCUGUUUUGGACACAGCUUUGGGUCAUCAAUUAACAAAAUAGGAAUGUGAGCAAAAUUCUGUGCACAAGCCUUUUUCAGUAUAAUAUCCACUUAAACCUAAGUAGUUAGUAAAUAGAUGGACCUUACUUUUCUAAGUUGAGCUUAAGUGCCCUGCUCAUUUGUCCAAGUUAAUGUGCUGAGUGAGGCAGGGCACUGUCUCUAUCUCCAGCCCUGUAUGCCUAAUGAUAGCAUAACUGAAAAAGGAGAUAUGAUCUUUAAACAGGUGUCCCCUCAGAGGACAGUACAUAGCCUCCUUAUUAGGUGAUAAUAGUUUUAGGAUAUUGCAACACAGGGCUUUAUAAGUCAGUCCUCGAUUUUUGUUGAUAUCAACUAGGGAACCUCACAUCAGUGAAAACCUCCCAGCCUGAAUAUAAACAGACAUUGCCUAAUGCUGUGCUUAUAAGUAAAAGAAGCAAAUCUAGGAUACUUUUGCAAAUGCUGGAAUUUAAAAUAAUUUCAUUGUGCCCCCCAGAUUGUUGAGGCACAGAUUGACAGAAUUUGUCUAUUUGCUGAAAAUAAGCUUUACUUCAUAUUUAUUAUCCUUCUUUACCUGUCUGAGACCGAACUGUGUCUGAAAUCUGCUUCUAUCCACUUGCAUUUAUCUCCCAAGCCUAAUCUAAUAAGAUGUUUUCAUUUUAAAAAGAAAAGGGUAGGGGAGGCCAAAGUUUUGCAGCAAAUGGGCAUAGACCCUCCAAAGGUAGCUGUUCCCAGCAGCUUUCCAGUUAACGCACUAUGCUGCCUCUAUUGUCUGCAUGUACUUCUAUAUUUAAUCUUCAAAACUAGAAGCCUUUCCUGGCAAUCUUUUUUUUUUUAAGCACUUUUCCUAAAACUCAAUGAAUGGCUGUGGCAGCAACAAUGCCGCUGGCUCUCUCUACUCAUCACAAAGUCCAGAGUGUAGCUGAAGGCCACUACUGCUGAAGAAACUAAGUGUCCUCUGUGCCUUUUUUUGUUUUUCUUUCUGUGAAAUAAUUUAAGGAUAUCCAAAAAAUGAGCCUUGAAAAAAUCCCCACCUUGGUACACCUGAAUGUGGUUGUUUCGACUCAGAAGCAGCUCUGAAUGUGUUAGAGAGACUUCCAAUACACCCAGUGUUACACGUUGGCUCUUCAGGACAGUGGGAUAAGUGAAGAUUCCUGAAGCAGCCCUGGAGUGCUCCUAGCCUGCCAACAGGCUAACACUAAACUUGGAAAAUUAUUUAAGUAGGUUUUAUCAAGCAGUCUGUUUUGUUUUCUGUUUUUUGUUUUUAAAUAAAGUUGCUAAUGGACGUGUAAAAACUAAAAGAAACUUUAAAGAUUUUUUUUAAUAGUACAAGUGAAGAUGCCAGUUGCUAUUUGGUAUCACACUCUUAAGAAACAUUUCGUUAUCUGAUGCUGGUUGCUAAGCAGCCACUCCACAGAGCUUAAAUCUGCCGGGUACCUGACGAACCAGAGGCUGAUGCUAUGCUGCAGCUGUCCUGUGAGGAAACAACACAUAUGCUGCAAUGGCCCAACAGCAAAAGAAGCCUAGAAAUAAAGAAGAUCAAAAUAGAGAAGAGGUUGAUUGAAAUAAAACUUGAUCAACAUAAUUAUAUUUUGAAACAUUCCAGGAAGGUUACUUCUUGUCAAACUUGCCUGAGGGUGUUUGUUCAAAACUUGUAUUUAAUAAAUGAACCACCUGACUUACAA